AUGAUAGUUGUGGUGGUGGUGGAUCUGGUGGUCGAUGUAAAGUGUGGUCGCAUUGAUGGAGGUACGGUGGUUGUGGAGUGUUGGGUGGCGGAUAUGGUGGUUGUGGUGAGGUGUGGUUGUGGUGAUGGUGGUCGUGGCGGAUCUGGUGGUCGCAAUGAUGUUGGUGGGAUCUGGUUUGGAUCUUAUUUGUUGUUGGAAAUGGUAGUUGUGGUGGUGGCUGAAAAUGGUGGAAGCGGCGACGACAGCAUUGGUAGAGGUGGCAACGACUCUAUGAGUGGUGGUGCAUUUCUGUUGUUGGCGACGGUGGUAAGUUCGAUGGUGGUGGUGGUGGUGGUGGUUGUUGUUGUGAUUAACUGGGAAGAUGAGGAUCAGAUCAGUGAACUGCCUGAUUGUGUCAUGGGAUACAUAGUUUCGCUAUUAAGCAUAAAGGAUGCUGUGAAAACUAGCGCACUUUCGCGUAGAUGA